AUGCCCUCGCAACUUUCCAAUUAUGGAAAACAAUUUGAAGAUUGGAUGGUGAAAGUAAGUGAAUUUAUAAUUAAAAAAUUCAAAUUUCAUUUCUAUUUCCCGCAGGUUUUCUACAAUUAUGGUUUAUUCAUCGCCAGAUAUCAAUGGUGGUUUCUUUUGACCCCGCUCGCAAUUACUGUAGCUUGUAUUCCGGGAUUGUUUUAUUUGCAAAUUAAUCUUGAUUUAUAUCGACUUUUUGUACCGCUUGAUGCACCAGUAAGAUAACUUUACAAUUUUUGAGAAAUGUUUUUGAAAAUAAAUGAGGAAAAUGUUUUAGGUGCGAUAUGAAUUCGAGAGAACACAAGAGUUUGAUAAAUUGCCACUUGGAGAUUUGAAUUUGAUUCCGAAACGUCAACGAAGAGAAUUUGAUUGUAACGAUUUGCAUUGCUCAUUUCCUGAUGUUGAAAUGGAAAGGCUUCGAAGAGAUUUAGAAGCCCUUCAAAGCGAACAUGAAGACGAUCAAGAUGAUUUCGAAAUUUCUAGAACUCGAAGAGAUGUGAACAAAAAUGUAGAAAAGAAAGAGCGGGAACGUAAAACAGGUAAAAAUAUCGCACCUUUCUUUCUUUCUUUUUUUUCGAAAAAAAUGGGGUCAAAUAGCGUCAUUCAUUGGUUACGCCAAUAAUCCGACGACCAAAAAAUCUAUCUGAUUGCAAUUGACCAUGACAACAAAAAAAACCCGAGAAAUUGAAAGUUUAUGUUGUUUCUUACAGUUGCGGCCAAGAGUGAUAUUCUUCGAUUUUAUGUGGUUCAUCGACAGUUUGAAAAUUUGUUGCAAUCAAAAUAUUUGGGACCAUUGUUCAAACAUACACAAGAUGUAAGAAGAUUUGGGGAUCAAAAUCAGAUUGGAGAUUUUGACACUGAUUUAGGGCAAGGGGUUACUAAAGUUAUACAUCAACGAAAUCAUUUUACAUUUUAAUAUUGAGAUAAUGAAAAAAAAACGGCUAACAAAAACAUCAAAGCUUCUAGACUUUUUAAGUGAGGUUAAAAAGUGGGUAGUUUUUAUUAUCACGAAAAUCAUUGAAAACUGGAAUUUUUGAAUAUUAAGCCAAAGUUUGAGCUCUAAAAUAUUUGAUUUUGAUUUCUGACAAUGUUCAGCAUAUUUAAUCAUAUUUUUUUUCAAUUAAUAGAAAAAGCGGAUAGACAUUUCAAAAAUUCAACACUUCAACCAAAAUUAUAAAGAAUCACAAUAUUUCAGAUGAUGUUGGUGAAACACGACUUCCAAGGAGAAACCUGGGAUUUAGAAGACUUCUGCGUGAAAGAAGGUUCAUCAAAGCACUGCAACAAUAAUCUCAAUCUUUGGAUUAAACAUGCUGAUGUAUUGUUCAAGGACGGAAAAAUCAAGACGAAUCCAAACCUUCAACUUUCCUAUCCUGUUUUAUAUUUGUUCAAUAGACCAAAGGAUAUCGGAAACGUCAUUUAUGGUGUUGAUGUGACCGGCGAGAAAAAUGAGAUUCAAGGUGCUCGAGUUCUAACACUUCAUUGGUUUGUUAACUAUCCAGCUACAGCUGAAAAUAAUGCCGCGUAUUAUUCAUAUCGUCAAAGCUUGAACGAGUUCUGGGAAUCUGUUUCAGAAAACAGUGAUUUGCAAUUUAUUCCACACAAGUGAGAAACUCGUUUAAUUAACUUUAAUUAGAAAGCAAAUCAUGAUUUUUUUCAGUGACAAAGCUAUGGAUGAUGAGAUGUUAGAGAUCAUUAAAACUACCGUACCUUUUGCAGUUCCUGCAACAAUUGCUCUUAUGUUAUUUGUAGUUAGUGCAAAUUACAGUAAAAACAAAGCAAAAUCAAAACCAAUGGAAAUGUAUCUUGGAGUUUGGUGUAUUAUUUUCGCACUCAUUAUCACUUUUGGACUUUUCUUCUUCUUCGGAGCCAAAUUCAAUCCAGUUACUUCAACUAUGCCCUUCCUUAUUCUUGCUGUAGGUGUAGAUGAUGACUUUUUAAUGGUCGCUGCUUGGAGAGAAUGUGAUAGAAAACUAUCACCAGCAACAAGAUUAGCGUUGGUUAUGGGAGAUGCUGGUGCAUCAAUCACUGUUACCUCAUUCACAAAUUUCUUCUGUUUCUUCUUGGGAUGGUUGAUGUGCUCAACUCCAGCUGUCGCUGAUUUCUGUAUUAUCACCGCUGUUGGUGUUAUUUUCGAUUACCUCAUGCAAAUCACAUUUUUCGCUGCGGUUUUGAAAUUCUCUGGAGAUAAAGAAGAGACUGGAGGAUUAUCAUCGUGUUGUUAUAAGAAGACUGAUGGAGAUGAUCCUGUUCAACCAAGGGAACCAACAAUCGAUGAAGAGCAUAUUAAUUAUCAACAUCACGAGAAAACUGAAGAUCGUGAGUUACCCCAACUUUUAAUUGUGGCAGUUUUUGAAAAAGUGAAAAUAUCUAGUAGAAUUCGGAAUAUUCACAAAAUAUAUUUUCUGGCUUCUGAAGAAAAAAUGUUUUACCGUAAACCUUCAGAUCUGUGAAAAAUGAAAAGCAAAAACCUUGAAGCCUAAACUUCUCUUUUUCAGUCCCAUAUAUGCACAAAUUCUUCCGCGACAAAUUUGCACCAUUCAUAAUGAAGAAAUCAGUUCGAAUCUCAUCACUCAUCACAUUCCCAAUUUACACAGCUCUAUUUAUCUAUGGUUGCUCAAUCCUCCGUGUAGAUAUCUCACCAGUCAAAUAUAUUCGAGAUAAUUCACCAAUCCAAACAUUUGUCGCACUUGCUGACAAAUACAUUUGGGCUGAUAAUGUUAUGCCAACUUUCCAUAUUAUGAAUCCACCAGAUCUUCGUGAUGCUGGAGCUCGUGCAAAAUUGAAUGAACUUGUAUUCCGAUUGGAACAUACUGAUUAUUCGAUUGGACGUGUGUCAACAAAUCUUUGGGUUUGGCAAUAUCAACAAUAUUUGAAUGAUUUCCCGAAUAUUAACUAUACCACUGAUUUUUAUGAUCGUAAAAACUUGCGCGAGUUUUUCUCUCAAAUGGAUUAUUCACAAUACAGAGGUUAGUGGGUCUCCAAUUCCAACACAUUCUUAAAAUAAUAUUUUCAGACAAGGUCAAGAUUCUUGACAAUGUAACAAACGGAGAGCCAUGUAUUUCUGCGUUCUCUUUCCAAACUUCAUUCUACGGCUUAGACAGUUGGGAUAAGCGUCAAGCUGAGUUGUUCCAUUGGAGAGACAUUGAAAAAGAAUAUCCUGAAUACGAUAUGUUCUUGUCUGGAAUUUUCAGUCCUUUCUUGAUUGAUCAACGUCAUACAAUUGCUCCAUCUUCAAUGCAAACAAUUGGUUCAGCGUUGGCUAUGAUGGCAAUCAUCUCAUUCUUCUUCUUGCCAGAUGCUGUAAGUUUUCCCGAUAACAUUCUUCCACAUAACAAGACAUUUUUCAGCUUUCUGUAUUUUUGAUGACAUUCUCACUCUUAUCAAUUUCCAUGGGUGUUUGUGGAGGACUUGCGCUUCUUGGCUCGGAUUUGGAUUCUGUUAGUAUGGGAUGUAUUGUUAUGGCGAUCGGUUUAGCUGUCGAUUAUUCAGUGCAUAUUUGCUAUAGAUACCAUAGAUCUGAAUACACAACAUCUGAAGAAAAAGUAGCUGAUACUUUGGCAUCUGUUGCUUGGCCAAUCACUCAAGCUGUGCUCUCAACAUUGUGUGGUUUAGCAUGCACAAUUCUUGUGCCAGCUUAUCUUGUCAGAGUCUUCUUCCAAACUGUUUAUCUUGUCAAUAUUAUUGGUUUGUUCCACGCAUUGGUCUGGUUACCACAAUUGAUUUCGGCAUUGGAUCCAUGUGAACGUGUUCCAUUGCGAAUUCGCGAUCAAGAAUCAAAACCUUUAGCCAUCUCAGUACACUAA